GCCGAGCCAGUUCAUUCGGAGGUUUGGUGCGGUGGAGGUGCGAGAGCGGAUAGACGGACAGAGUGCAAGCGCCAGCAACGCCAGCAACGCCAAACACAGCAAACAACUACGGAAAUCAGUGAUCGUGUGCACCACAAAUGCAAACAUUCAUCAGCGUGGUACGUACGCGUAAGAAAAUGAGACCGUCGUCUCAGUGACUCCGGAUAUGGUGCGGUGAUAUCAACACACGACACCCGCUCGUCGCUUUAAUUCGCACUCUCAUUAACCUAGGUCCAAAACGGGUGUGUGCGUGCGUGUGGAUUCUCUUACUCGAUUCGCGAACGAUGAUUAGCUGCUGGCCGUGCUGGUGCAGUAGUUCGAAGGCGUGCGAGGUGCGCAGUGGGGUGGCGUAAACAAAGUUAGAAACAAACAACAGUCGGACGGUUGCCAGUGGCAACGCGGCGCGCGUGUGCGAUUGUUUUUCCGGAUUCUCCUCGCUGUGUGCUGGUCGUCGCAUCUCUCACAUCCACCAUGCCGAUGACGGCCGACUACGACUUCGUCUCGAAGGAAUGGCUGCUGGACGAACUGCGACGCGACUCGAACGCCAAGCGGCUGGUGAUACUCGACUGCCGCAGCAGCAAUGAAUACAGCGAGUUGCACAUCCGCGACGCCGUCAACUUCUCGAUACCGUCGAUUAUGCUGCGGCGGCUGGCUGCGGGCAAGAUUGAACUGGCGUCGACGAUCAAGUGCCGCGAGCUCAAGGCGAAGAUCUGCAGUACGUACAAGGAGAACACCUUCGUGUUGUACAAUGACUGCUGCACGGUGCAGCAGCAUCUCGCCGACUCCAUCGUCAGCGUGCUGCUGCGCCGCCUCAGUCAAGAUGGAUGCCAUGUCGUGUGUCUAGAAGAUGGUUUUAGCCGCUUUCGGGCAACGUUUCCGGAGUGGUGCGAUACGAGUCUUGAGGUGGAGAGUGGUGGCGGCGGAGGCGGCGAUCAGCAGCCGGGUGGCAUCGUCGUGGAACCACUGCCGCUGAUGGGACUUCGAUCGCUGCGCAUCUCGGCGUGCUCUUUGUCGCGCGGCGGGCUCUCUUCUACGGCGAACAGCUCCACUGAGAGCUCAGACACGGACGAUCGAUGCGACAGUUCGUUAGGCAUGGAGGACGACAAAGAGUUUCCAGUCCAGAUCCUGCCGCACCUGUAUUUGGGCAACGCUGCUAAUAGCGAGGAUAGUCAGGCUCUCGCACGGCAUAACAUCGAGUAUGUGUUGAACGUAACGCCCGACCUGCCCAACGUCUUCCAGGAUGUGGGCAACAUCAAAUACAUGCAGAUACCCAUCGCCGACGAUUGGUCUAAUCUCGCCAGCUAUUUUCCCAAAGCCUUUUCGUUCAUCGAUGAAGCAAGAAACAAUCAGAAAGGCGUUUUGGUGCAUUGCCUCGCCGGGAUAAGUCGCUCGGUGACCAUCACCGUCGCCUACCUGAUGUACAAAUGCUCGCUGAACCUGAACGACGCUUUCAACGUGGUCCGGGCGUGCAAGUCAAACAUCGCGCCCAACUUCCAUUUCCUGCGGCAGUUGCACAAUUUCGAGAAGGAGCUGAAGCUGGAUGUGUCCUCACAGUCGCCGGCGCCGUUGAUGGAGCAGAUUGAGGCGAUGCGCGCCGAGCAGGCGCUGCUCAAGCGAAUGGUACCUCCUGGAGGUGGUGGUGGACGGCCGGGUGCGCGUCGCAAGUGCCCCAACUGUGGGCUGCGCGAUGCUUGCUGCAAAUGCGGACAGCAUCCGGACUUCCUCAGCCCGCUGGCGCAGAUCGGCGUUAGUCCCGAUUCGGGUAUUGAGUUUGACCGUUGGGCGUCCAGCAGUACCACCCCGGCGGAAUGAGACAACCCGGGGAGGUCGCAGUGGCAUUUUUAAGCGCGAGCGCCGAGCCCUGUUGUCUCCCCAACAUCGUCAAUCCACUCUCCCACCCACCCCCCAACCUAUCAUAUUCUUCGCUUUCAUUUGUAUGACAUUUUGUAUUUAUUCAGUUACCAACAUUCGAAGUUUUUACGGUGAACACUUCCAACUUUUGUCCAACUUUAUGUGUGUAUAGGCAACCAAAUCACACACCCGCUGAUUUAGCUAUACUUAUCUUAAAUCGUAAUUUUAGUUUGGUACGUCGUAAUGUUUGUUAUGUCGUUGUGUUCAAUAUUAAGUUGUAUUAUUUUUUUGUUUUUGGGAAACUUGCAAUGAAAUCGAUUGGUACACCUUGUACAGCACAUGUACAUCGUAAGCAUACAUUUUACAUGCCAGUAUUAUUUCAUCUAGAUUGUAUCUUUUUUAAAAUUAACUAUAAUUACUAAUUGAUGUGUAAAGAAAUUGUUAAUUUGUCAUAGUCUAUGCUUAACGCAAACGCAAAUGAUACAAGGAGUAAUGUAACAAUCAAUUUUUACUUUUUCACACACCGAAUGCUGAUAGUUUGGUAGCUAUAUCUGACAUAACCUAAACUAACUUCCCAGAUACAGGUAGACUCAACCAUCUGAACGAGCGUGUUAGCUAGCGAAUGACAGGAGUAGUCGAAACGACCGCAAAAAGCCUUAAACAACCAAUGAAAACCUUGAAUUUAUAGCUAUGUUCAACUUAAUAUUGCAUCAUUGUUUCUUGUAUCCACACGUAAACGAGUUGUGACCGAGUGCGAUCUCCAUUCAAAUCUUGUAAACGGCCGUCAUUUUGUGUAUAACCUAUACCUAUACGCCCGCACUCCGGAUAAAACGAUGCAACAACGUCUUACCUAAGUCGUAUCGCACACAAUUUGUAACUUUAGAUACUGCAUACAUGUGUUGUGAGUUCUCUUAAGAAUUCUUAGGACGAACGAAAUGCUAUCUAUACGAAAGAUCACUGUUGAAUGUUGAACAUGAACACGACAAGCUGCAAACAUAGGUUAUUUUGUCACCACGUAGAAUAGCAAUAACGUUUUAGAGCUGUCAAAACGUCGAAAACGAUCAUAAACACAAAGUCAUUAUUGUUUACGAUAGUAGAAAUUCUAGUAUUAUUAGUAUUCGAUGAAAUCAACAUUAGACUUAGAUGAGAUUUUCGUUUUUGAUGUUUUUAAAAGUAGACACUUUCAUUCUGUAUCGAUUGUGCGAGAAUAAUGAGUUGUGCAAGACUCAUAUCAAGAGAAGAUUUCAGAGAUAAAGGAGUAUAUAAAAGCGUAAAAACUAAAAUGAAACUAUGAGAAAAUAUAAUUACGAUAUAGAUGAUAACAAAGGAUAUUUUGUAAAGACUGUUUUAUAGAUGGGAUAUAUGUGUGUAACAUUCACCUGACUUAAGUAUAUUAUCACUUAUCACGCCGAAGGGUGUGAACAUAACAUAGGCAAGCGAUAUAUUGAUAUUGAUAAACGAUUAAAUUAAUGAAUAUGAUAUAGAAGAUGAUGUAAAAACGAUACAUACACGAUGAUUAAUGUUUGUUAAAUUUAGGCAUUUGAAGAGUAACUCAAUCGCCAUCGUGAGAGGAUAUUUUAUUGAAAUUAUUGCAUUUAUUACGAAGUUAUAGACGACAUUAUUGAUAUGAACGCUGAGAUAAUAUUAUCAAAUGUUACAAUCAUGUGAAAAUGAUUUCUAUUUAAGUUGUUCGAGUCAAGUGCGCGUACUUUUGACGGGGCAGAUGAGGCAUCGAACGAAUCGAUGCGAGUUAUCGAAUAUAUUAUUCUUCCAUUCUACAUUGUACAUGUUUAGCUAAGUGAACUAACAGUUACGUUAAAAUUAGUUCUUUUUAUUUGCCAUAGAUUUGAUGUUGUAUUUUACGAAGAGGCACGGACGAGAUGAAGAAAUAAUGAAAUAUAUAUAUAUAUAUAAAGAAUAAGUAAUACUUGUAUAUUUUUUGUAUUAAUCGAUGUAAUUUGUGUUUGUAUUUAUUUCGUGCCAUUUUCUAUUGAUGUCAAAAUUGAAUAUUUCUUCAAUAUGUAUUAAUUACAGUUUCAAUGUUUUGAUUCUCUGUUUUUGUUUCUGAUAAAAUAUAGGCAACUUUGUUAACAUUUCCUAGAAAAUAAUCGUCAGAGCACGAAAAUAAAAUGAGAAAUUGUAAUGAUUUUUGACGAUGUGCGGAAUAACUGAAUAAGGAGAGAAACUAACAUAUACUAUAAUGAAUGUUAUUCAUAAUUGUUAUGAACUUUUUGCACAAAAGACAUAUACUCUAUAUGAAUUUAGUACAUACACAAUAUUGAUAAAUACGCUAACGAAAAAAAGAUCCGCUGGAAAACAAUAACAACACAAAAAACUAGACAUGUUGUAGUUGAGGCAAGAAAUUUACUAUAACAGUGUGAAUGUCAACCGCAAAACGCAGUCAACUAAUUUAACAAACAAAGAAAUAAUUUAAAUUCUGUUAAAUCAUCAGUAAUAUUAAUUUUCAAAUUGUAGUUUGACCGCUGUGAGUAAAUUAAAGUCAACACGGCGUGUUUUGUUUAUAACCUAAAACAAAACAGUAUUUUGUGUUUAUCUUUGAUUUGUUUCUUGUCGUUACCGGCUAUUUCUAUAAAUUAAUUGUGCGGUACUAAUGAAUACAUAACGUGAUGAGGCAAAAACUAAAGGUAAUAACUAAUAUCUUAAUUAUAACCAGUUUAAAAACAUAAAUGAAUCACUAGUAUGCUUCCAAACAUCAGAAGCAAAAUAUUGAAUAUGUAAACAUGAAUUUUUGGUGUACACACAUGCGGCGAGGCAGGAAGUUGUCGCAUAAUCAUUAAACUGAAAACAAGGAUUCUUUGUAACUCUUAAAGAAAAGCAAACUUUUAUUAAGCUGUUAUUGAUGUUAUUUUAUAUAUGUCAAUUUAAAGUAUAAAAUACAUAUUCUAUCUUAAUUCUUUUCA